AUGGCGCCUGAAGAGAAGGACCAUCCUGAUGUAGAGGCAUGCAGCGAGAGUCAACAUGACCUUUUCGAAGAAGGCCCAUCGUCUGCUUUCCAGCAAUUGGCUAUUCUGGAUCGCUUCCUUGCGGUCUGGAUCUUCCUUGCCAUGGCGGUUGGUAUAAUUUUGGGAAACUUCGUCCCUAAUACGAGCAAAGCGCUAGAGAGGGGAAAGUUUGUGGGCGUUUCUGUGCCUAUUGGUACGUUGUUGUCCAUUCAAUGCUAUUGA